ACGCCAUCGUGUCUAUUGGUGGGGGCAGUACCAUUGGACUGGGAAAAGCCGUUAGCAUGGAUAUAAAUCUGCCUCACAUCGCUAUUCCCACUACUUAUGCCGGAAGUGAGGUCACCCCUAUCCUGGGCGAGACAGCGAACGGCGUCAAGCAGACCACUUCAAACCCGAAGAUUUUGCCUACAGUUGUAAUCUAUGAUGAUAUCUGACGUUAACACUACCGGUAUCUCUCACUGCCACAAGUGGCAUAAACGCAAUCACUCACGCGGUCGAAGCUCUGUACGCACGGAAAAGGAACCCGAUCAUCAGUCUUUACGCACAGGAAGGGAUUCGAUCGAUUGCCUUGGCUCUCCCGAAACUCAUGACCGACCCAAAGGACACAGAAGGAAGAUCUCUAGCGCUUUACGGAGCUUGGCUUUGUGGCAUUUGUCUUGGGGCUGCUGGUAUGUCGCUCCACCACAAGCUUUGCCAUGCCCUCGGCGGAGGCUUUGACUUGCCCCAUACUGAGACACACACGUGUGUCCUACCUCACGCGCUCGCAUACAAUGCGCCCAAGAUACCAAAAACUAUGGCCAUAUUGGCAGAUACCAUUCCGGAAAGCAAUGGAGAUGAUAUUCAUGGACUCAACGCUCUCUUGACCAAGCUUGGAGUAAAACGGGGUCUGAAGGACCUCGGCAUGAAGGAAAGUGAUAUCGAGGUAGCGACCGAAAUCGCUGUCUCGAAACCAUAUUGGAAUCCGCGCGACAUCGAUCGCGACUCCAUCCGGCGAAUAUUACAGAGGGCAUGGGCUGGAGAAGAUGCUGAAGCGGACAUUUGA